CUAUUAUUAAUGGUAGGUGGCUGGUAUUCGGUACAAUAAGUCGAGAUGUUGGCCCAGACACCAUGAUAGUUGUAAAAAAAAUAUCUCAAUAAUAUCCAAUAGCAAUAAACCACCCCAUCUGAAUAAUUCACUCUCAUCAUUACCACUAUCUAUUUGAUCCACACAGUUCUUUUCUUUCUUCUCAAAUUUCAACUAAUUAACUGAGUCAAUGGCAUCAUCCAGUAAUUCACAAUACUGUCUUCAACGGAAGUACGAUGUCUUUUUAAGUUUUAGAGGUGAAGAUACUCGUAGAACAUUUACUGGUCACUUGUAUGAAGGUUUGAAAAACAGGGGAAUAUUCACCUUUCAAGAUGUGAAAAGGCUAGAGCAUGGCGGUUCGAUUCCAGAAGAACUCGUGAAAGCUAUCAAUGAGUCUCAAAUUGCCCUCGUCAUUUUCUCGAAAAAUUAUGCUGCAUCGAGGUGGUGCUUGAAUGAACUAGUGAAGAUCGUGGACUGUAAGGAUAAAAAUGGACAAAUUGUCAUACCAGUUUUCUAUGAUGUGGAUCCAUCACAUGUUCGAAACCAAAGGGAGAACUUUGGAGAAGUAUUUUCUAAACACGAAUCGAAGUAUAAAGAUGAUGUCGAGGGAAUGCAGAAAGUGCAAAGAUGGAGGACUGCCCUAACUGUUGUGGCAAAUCUAAAAGGAUAUGAUAUCCGUGACGGGAUUGAAUCAGAGAAGAUUCAACAGAUCGUCGACCACAUUUCUAUCAAAUUAUGCAAGAGUGCUUAUUCUUUAUUUUCUUUGCAAGAUAUUGUGGGAAUAAAUGCUCAUUUAGAGAAACUAAAAUCCCGACUUCAGAUAGAAAUCAAGGAUGUUCGGAUUGUAGGGAUAUGGGGAAUAGGCGGAGUGGGUAAAACGACAAUAGCAAAAGCCAUUUUUGAUACCCUAUCUUAUCAAUUUAAAGCUGCUUGUUUUCUAGCUGAUGUUAAAGAAAAUGCAAGAAAGAAUCAACUACAUUUUUUACAAAAUAUCCUUCUAUCUGAACUGUUAAGAAAAAAAGAUGAUUACGUCAAUAAUAAGUAUGAAGGGAAGAGCAUAAUUCCGAACAGACUUUGUUCAAAGAAGGUUCUAAUUGUUCUUGAUGACAUAGAUCAUAGUGAUCAUUUGGAGUAUUUAGCAGGUGAUCUUCGUUGGUUUGGUAAUGGCAGUAGAGUUAUUGUAACAACUAGAAAUAGACAUUUGAUAGAGAAGGAUGAUGCAAUAUAUGAAGUGCCUACACUACCCGUUCAUGAAGCUAUGGAAUUGUUCAACCAACAUGCUUUCAAAAAAGAAGUUCCAGAUGAGCGUUUUAAGAAGUUCUCGUUGGAGUUGGUAAAUAAUGCUAAAGGCCUUCCUUUAGCCCUCAAGGUGUGGGGUUCGUUGUUGCAUAAGAAAGGCCUAACUCAGUGGCGAAGAACUGUAGACCAAAUAAAGAACAACUCUAUUUCAGAAAUUGUUGAAAAACUCAAAAUAAGUUAUGAUGGGUUGGAGCCCGAAGAGCAAAAGAUAUUUCUAGAUAUGGCAUGUUUCUUCCGAGGAUAUGAAAAAAAAGAAGUCAUGCAAAUCCUUGAGAGUUGUGAUUUUGGUGCUGAAUACGGAUUGGAUGUCCUAAUCGACAAAUCUCUUGUUUUCAUCUCCAAAAAUGAUACAAUUGAAAUGCAUGACUUGAUUCAAGAUAUGGGUAGAUAUGUGGUGAAAAUGCAAAAAGAUUUGGGAGAACAGAGCAGAUUAUGGGCCACUGAAGAUUUCGAAGAAGUGAUAGUCAACAAUACAGGGACAAAAGCAACGGAAGCAAUCUGGCUACAAUAUAUUCAAAAACUAUGCUUUAGCAAAAAAGUCAUGAAAAAGAUGAAAAAGCUUAGAAUACUAUACAUCGGUCGUUUUCAUACAUAUGAUGACACAAUUGAGUACCUGCCGAACAAUUUACGUUGGUUUGAGUGUAUUUGGUAUCCUUGGAAAUCAUUGCCAGAAAAUUUUGAACCCAAAAGACUUGUUCAUCUUGAUCUCCCGUACAGUUUGCUGCGUUAUUUAUGGAUUGACACAAAGCAUUUGCCGUCUCUACGAAAGAUAAAUCUCAACUUCUCUAGAAGCCUGAUGCAAACACCAGAUUUCACGAGGAUGCCAAAUUUGGAGUAUUUGAAUCUGGAGGGAUGUAGUAAUCUUGAAGAGGUUCACCAUUCCCUGGGAUGUUCCAAGAAACUCAUCGAGUUAAAUUUGAGUUGGUGUGUAAGCCUUAAGAGGCUUCCAUGUGUUAACGUGGAAUCUCUUAAAUCUCUGAAUCUACAACAUUGCACUAGUUUAGAGAAAUUUCCAGAAAUCCUCGGAAGAAUCAAGCCAUUGGAGUUAAAUAUUCAAAUGAGAGAUAGUGUGAUAAGGGAACAACCAUCAUCUAUUUUUCAGCACCAAGCUCGUCUUACGGAACUAGAUUUGAGCUUUUUGAUCAACCUUGUAGCUCUUCCAAGCAGCAUUGGCAUGUUGAAAGGUUUGGUGAAGCUACAUGUGAGGUACUGUUCAAAACUUGAAAUCUUGCCAGAAGAGAUAGGUGAUUUAGAAAACUUGGAGAAGCUUGAUGCCAGCUAUAGUACUCUAAUCUCCCAGCUUCCGCCUUCCAUCGUCCGCUUGAACAAGCUUAAAUUCUUGACUUUUGAGAAAGGAAAUUCAGAAGUAGGCCAUAAAGAUGGAGUGUGCCUUGUGUUCCCGCAGGUGAAUGAAGGGUUAUGCUCAUUGGAAUAUCUUAAUCUCAAUUACUGCAAUAUAAUAGAUGGAGGACUUCCGGAAGACAUUGGAUGUUUAUCCUCUUUAAAAGAAUUGUAUCUCUGGGGAAAUAAUUUUAAGCAUUUGCCUCAAAGCAUGGCCCAACUUGGUGCUCUUCGAUUCUUGAACUUAUCGCACUGCAAGAAGCUUAAAGAGCUGCCAGAUUUCACGGGGAUGCCAAACUUGGAGACUUUGAAUCUGAUAAGAUGUAUGAAUCUUGAAGAGGUCCAUCAUUCCCUAGGAUUUCUCAAAAAACUCUAUCGAUUAACAUUGACUAAUUGUAUUCAACUUAAGAGGUUUCCAGGUCUGUGCGUUGAUUCUCUUAAGUAUCUGUGUCUACGGGAUUGCUCUAAUUUAGAAAAAUUUCCAGAAAUCUUCGGAAGCAUGAAAGUGAAGUUGGACAUUCACAUGCUAGACAGUGUGAUGAGGGAUCUAAAUUCAAUGUAUAUUUCAUUUCCACGCUCCUUGUCUCAGGAUAUUGUUUCCACUUCAGGUUCCUUGUCACAAAGAGUGUUUACCAUUGUGCAUGGUGGGAAUAAGAUCCCAAAUUGGUUCCACCAUCGGGGAACUGGUAAAACUGUAUCAGUCAAUUUGCCAGAAAAUUGGUAUGUACGUGAUGACUUGUUGGGAUUUGCUGUAUGCUACUCAGGCAACCUAAUUGAUACCACAGCUCACUUGAUUCCCUUAUGUGAUGAUGGGAUGCUGUGGAUGACCCAAAAACUAGAAUUAUCCUCCCUUCCAAAUUAUGAUACAGAAUAUACUGUUCAUUUUUUCUUGGUACCUCUUGCUAGCUUAUGGGAUACAUCUAUGACAAAUGGUCAAACACCAAAUGACUAUGGGCUUAUCAAGUUAUCUUUCUCCGGAGGAAUGGAGGAGUAUGGAUUUCAUUUGUUGUAUAAAGAUGAACUCGAGGGAAAAUUAUGAGGAGCAUUGCAUUGGGACAAGGACCAGCAGAUAUGAUUUAUCAGCUACCUUAACAAGAAUUUUAUUUUCCCUUUUUAUAUCCUGUUCUACUUAUGUGUUACUUCAGGACAGGUGAGAUUGAAUAUGAAAAUAUUAGUUGAUUUUCCAGCUCUCACA